CUUCUCUAGCGGUUAAUUUUUUAAAUCCACCUCUCUCAUUGGUUUUCAUGCAACAAAACAAAACUUUGUGUUGGACGGGAAUUUGCCGCAAAACGGAGAUAAAAUGACCCUCACGUCAAAGACUCCAUGUUUCAAGUCCAAGUUCAUCACUGCGGAGCUGGCUCAUCUGUUCAGUCAGUCAGACAGCGAGGAGGAGUUUGAAGGCUUCAGCGAGGAUGAGGAAGAAGACGGAGGAUGUUUUAACAAACCGUUAAAGAAAAGGAUGGUGGAUUCCGAGGAGGACAGCGACGUAGACACGGGCUUCUAUUCUGAUGGCGAGGAGGACCCCCCAAAGAGGAAGAGUCUUCUAGUAGCCCUGAGGUUUCCAGUCAAAAGACUUUCGGCCCCCAAGCAGGAACCACAAGAGAAAAAUGUCAAAAAUCCAGUCAAAGAAACUCGCUCUUCACAGAGAGGCAGAGGAAGGCAGAGGAUGAAGCAGCAACAGCAGGAUGAAGAAAAAGAGGAGGAGGAGGAGGAAGACAACAAAGAGGAGGUCCAGUCUCAGAGCCUAAGGAAACGAGACAAGAACAUCAAGGAAAACAAGGCCAUGCUGGCUAAGCUGUUUGCUGAUCUGAGCACCAUGGCUGACUUGACUCUGCCCACCACCCCUCAAAAGAAGAGGCGAGCACCAGAGAAAGCAACUCCACGGAAACGCAAGUUUGAACCAGAGAUGGGGUCAGAAAGGAGAAACCCAUCCCGUAAGGCUCGCCCUCCCGAGAACUUUGCGGUGGAGGAAAAGAGCGAGCCACUCACCCACAGAAGCCCCAGGACUGUAGACCUAAAGAGACUGGUGGAGGUGGACGAGGACCAUAUCAGUGAGGGACGAAAGAGGAAGAGACACAGUUCCAAGAGGAGCCAGUAUGUUGUGAGGUCGGUCGACGAGAUCACCAAAGACGACCUGGACAACAUAGCAUACCGCAGCAAGGACAAGAUCUGGGACAAGGAGAAUGGCAGCUCGUGUCACCAGUGCAGACAGAAGACUCUGGACACCAAGACAGUGUGUCGCAGUGGUUUCUGUGUGGGAGCCAAAGGUCAGUUCUGUGGGCCGUGCCUGAAGAACCGCUAUGGAGAAGAUGUACGCAUUGUGCUGCUCGACCCGACUUGGUCGUGUCCCAUCUGCCGUGGGAUGUGUAACUGCAGUCUUUGUCGUAAGAAGGAGGGCCGCUGUGCUACCGGCAUCCUGGUGGGAUUGGCCCGCUACAACGGCCACGACAACGUCCAUGAGUACUUGGAGAGCAUUCAAAAGGAACUGCAGUGAAGUCCAGAGAGAAGACCAGAGAGGAGAACCUGCUUUUACAGGCAGUACCUGGAGCAGUCUCUGGUGCUGCACAUUACUGUAGAACUCCUUUUAAUGCACAUUUUUAGAUUUAGCUCAACCUUUUUAUCUAACUAGAGAAACAAAAUCAAAAACAUGUUUUUCACCUUAACACAAGGCACAUACACUGUUAAUAUGUUUUAUAUAUCCUGAUUUAAGGCUGCAUAAGAUGCAGGGAUGUUUUUAUUGUUUAAAACAGUCGUCAGUUUUGUUUUGUAUAUUUUUCAUUUGAAUAUUUCUACUCUUCGUGUUCACUAGAGAAAAUGUAAGGGUCAAUAUUUUCUGUGUUACGGAUGCAAAAGAAGCCUUUUAUACCAACUACUUUUUUUAAGUGAGUAACUUUGCAACGUUCUUGUCAGUCCACUGUAAAUUUGAAUAAAGAAUGGCAAUAU